CGGAAGUACAGGAGGGAUAACUAUUUCGCUUUGCUGUUUUUGGCUCGACUCGGAGCGGGUGGUUUUUCAGGAGGGAAACUUUACCAGAUUUAACAGGAUUCGAGCACGAAUAAUUCAUUUCGCAUUAUUAACAGAGCCAGUGCAGCCAUACUGAGAGGAGUUUCCAAAUCAUGUCAGGCAUUGCAUUAAGCCGGCUCGCUCAGGAGCGCAAGGCAUGGCGAAAGGACCAUCCUUUUGGAUUUGUAGCUGUACCUACAAAAAAUCCAGAUGGAACAAUGAAUCUCAUGAAUUGGGAGUGCGCAAUUCCUGGCAAGAAAGGGACUCCAUGGGAAGGAGGUCUUUUCAAACUGCGCAUGUUGUUCAAAGAUGACUAUCCUUCUUCACCCCCAAAAUGUAAAUUUGAGCCUCCACUCUUCCAUCCAAAUGUGUAUCCAUCAGGCACAGUAUGCCUAUCUAUUCUAGAGGAGGACAAGGACUGGAGACCGGCCAUCACAAUAAAGCAGAUCUUAUUAGGUAUCCAGGAACUCCUAAAUGAGCCAAAUAUCCAGGAUCCAGCCCAAGCAGAGGCAUACACAAUCUACUGCCAAAACAGAGUAGAAUAUGAAAAAAGAGUUCGAGCACAAGCCAAAAAAUUCUCCCCCUCGUAAAUGGCGAAGACUCGCUCCGCUGCGGCAGAAGGAAUGGGUUUAACAAGAAUCACCUCCCCGCUCAGUCUCUCAAUGAAUGUGCUCCUCUUACAUCGGGACUUGCUUAAAGACUUCUAUUUAAACUCCACACAUUCUGUGCCAUCUGUUCUCCCUUCACCUAUCCAUUUUUAUUCUUAAUUGCCGGUUGGGGCAUAAUGCCGGGAGGGGACAGGUGCUUCAGCAACCUGGCCAUUUCUUUUUAAACAUUGUCUUAUGUGGUGCAAGGGACACAGCUUCAGUUUCAUCAACCCCAUGCAAGCCGGCUGUCAUCGAUGUUCAUGGAAGGAAAUGUCUUUGUUUUAUUUUACUCUUUCACAGGGUUUCCUUUUUUGUUUCCCUCUUUAUUUCCCAUAAAGUUAUUGUAAAUUAGCUUAUUUCAUUGUCAGUAUUUCAACUGCUGUAUAAUGAAUGGCACUUUUAUACUGUUGUAUCUCACUAGUGUCUCUAGAUGGUUCUAAUUAUUUCCCAGGUUUUCUAUUCAGCAUGCUGUAAUAUACGAUAGAAUCUGCUGCCUUGGCUGUCUUUUUGUUAUUCAGAGUGUUUGCUAUGGAAUAAAUAAAAAUGGCCCCAGUUACUGAGGCAGGUAGGCUUACUUCUGUAUCAGACUUUAUGGUUAUAUGGUGCUUUGUUCAUGUAUGUGUUGGCUUAAUAAAACUUUCUACAAAA